CAUCCUUUAUCCCCAGUCACGUCUUUUAGUGGGUUGCAGCUCAUGAAUGGAUGGAGGGUUUUGGGGACUAGGGUUACCGGGUUAGAGGGGUUAGGGUUUGUGUGCAAAUAUAAGGCCCAUGGAUCUGGAGGUUUCAUUCAUGGGCAAAAUCGAUUAGUGAUCCUUCACUGCUUUGUUCUUAUUUUUAAGGUUAGGUGUCAUAGUGGUAAGAUGUAGAUGUUGGUGCUUGGAGGUUCCAGAUUUGUUGGGUUCUUGCCCUAAACGGGAUUCUAUUCUUUUUCUUUUCCUUUUUGGGGUGUUUUAUCUAGGGUUAAGGUUUUGACUGAAGUUCUGUUAAGGAGAAAGAAUGGAGAGGGAGAGAUGGGUUUUGAGUUAGAUGAUGAUGAUGGUGAUGAGUGGAGCUCCUUGAAGUCCAAUAGAGGUUCUUGCAGGGUAUAUAGAGCUGCUGAGCUAUGGAUCCCUCAGCCCUAUCCCACCACUGGAGCUUUUCUGGGUAGGCUUGUGGCAUGCAUAUCUCAGGAGCUUCGUUACCUUUAGUUAGAUCCUUGUUUGGAUUGAAGGGAGCUCUACACCUUUUUCUUCUUCUUCAUUGUCUUCAAUAACACAAGUUUAUGGUUGAUCUGUUAAUUGGUUGGAUUUAUUAUCUAAAUAUUAAUUGUUGUCCUGUGUGGUCUUCAAUAAUUUUGUUAUGUUGCACUGGAUCUUGACUCAUUUAUCUCUUCUCCUUGCAGUUGCAGUUACUGUUAAGUAUAUAUAUAUUUAUAGAUGAUGAUGGCUGCAGGUUGCGGGGAGGCUGAAUAGUCCAGUCAAUCUAAGCCAAUGAAGUAUAAGGACUGUUGUUAGAUCAUGCUUCAGAAGUUUUACUGUCACACAUUUAAGUUUACUUAAGAGAGACUUUUUUCUUUUUAAUUCUUGGGAUUGUAAAGAUAUUUGCUUAAGAGAAGACAUUGCUUAAGAUUCUCUGCUUAUAAACAACUCAAAAAAUGUUCCAUCUGUAGUAAAAAAAAAAAGUGGCCUUUUCUUAUGUGUAGAUUCUCUUAUAUGUAGUGUAGAGAAAGGUCAUCCUUGUGACUAAAUCCAAAUCCAGGAUAUCUGAAGUGAGACUAUAAUUUAGUCUGUUUUCUUUGAAGUCUGAAUUAUUUGGUUCAUCAAUUCUUCCUGGGAAUGCACUAGAUAUUCAUAUUUUAUGAAACAAAUUUUGUUUUUUUUUUUUUUAUUUUCAAAUAAACAAAGAGAAGAGAACAUUGAGAGCUAAAAAUAUGUUGGGUUUAUUGACGAAGGGUUUCUAUUAUGUUUUUUGGGUACAAUUCUGGAAGAACAUACCUGAGAGAAAUCGUUAAUUUUUGUUUUGAAGGGUUUAUGUUUUUCAUGCAUUUGCCAUGUGUAUUUAUUUCAGUGAAUACUCAUUGCAUUUUAGUGGAGUUGCGCUGCAAGUACACUGAACUGAACUAUAAGCCAAUACAUUAGAACAAAUGUGGAGAUCCGGAAAUUAAAGAAGAGCUAUUCCU